GGAUAACAGUGCGGGCAUGGCGUCGGUGCUGCGGCUCCUAGUCCUGCUCGCGUGCGGCCUGGGGCCCGCCGUCCGCGCCCUGGAGCCGCGGGAGGUCUUCACCAACUCCUUCCUGGUGCGGCUAAGGGGCGACCACGAGCCACGCGCCGCCGAAGCAGUCGCCAAACGCAACGGAUUCCACAGCAUCGGGCCGGUGCUGGGAUCCAAGAACGAGUACCACUUCGUUCACCGCGCCGUGCCCCGGGCGCGCACCAAGCGAAGCAUCCCGCACAUGCGCAAACUACGAGCCGACCCGCAAGUGGAGGCGGCCAUCCAACAGACUGGUUUCAAGAGGGUCAAACGCGGCUACACAGAGCUCAAGCUCGGGUCCGAAAACCUGAGGCUUCAACGAGAGCCCACAGACCCUUACUUCCCGUACCAGUGGUACUUGAAAAACGUGGGCCAGAACGGCGGCAAGCCACGGCUGGAUCUGAACGUUGAGGCCGCCUGGGCUCAGGGAUUCACGGGCAAGAAUGUUACUACAGCCAUUAUGGACGAUGGGGUUGACUAUAUGCACCCGGACCUUCGGGACAAUUACAAUGCCAAAGCCAGUUACGACUUCAGUAGCAACGACCCCUUCCCGUACCCAAGGUACACCGACGAUUGGUUCAACAGUCAUGGCACACGGUGCGCCGGCGAAGUCUCUGCCAAGAGAGACAACGGUGUGUGUGGCGUCGGCGUCGCCUACGAUUCCAAGGUGGCGGGCAUCCGCAUGUUGGACCAGCCAUACAUGACGGAUCUGAUCGAGGCCAACUCGAUGGGCCACGAGCCGAACUUGAUCGACAUCUACAGCGCUUCCUGGGGACCCACCGAUGACGGGAAGACGGUCGACGGACCCCGCAACGCCACCAUGCGGGCAAUCGUCCGAGGAGUCAAUGAGGGUCGUCGCGGCCUGGGAAACAUCUACGUGUGGGCGUCUGGCGACGGCGGAGAGGACGACGACUGCAACUGCGACGGAUACGCGGCCUCCAUGUGGACCGUGUCCAUCAACUCGGCCAUCAACGACGGAGAGAACGCGCACUACGACGAGUCCUGCUCCUCCACCCUGGCCUCGACCUUCAGCAACGGCGCCAAGGACCCGCACACGGGAGUGGCCACGACUGACCUGUACGGCAAGUGCACCAAGACGCAUUCGGGGACAUCAGCAGCCGCGCCCGAAGCCGCCGGCGUAUUCGCCCUUGCACUGGAAGCAAACCCCGACCUCACAUGGCGGGACAUUCAACACCUGACCGUGCUGACGUCUAAGCGCAACUCACUGUACGACAGCAAGAACAGAUUCCACUGGAAGAUGAACGGCGUCGGGCUCGAGUUCAACCACCUGUUUGGCUUCGGCGUGCUGGACGCCGGUGCCAUGGUGGCGCUGGCCAAGAUCUGGAAGACGGUGCCCGCGCGUUUCCACUGCGAGGCCGGAUCGUACGUCAAGAACAGCGAGUUCCGAGCCAACGAAAGCCUGAAAAUCUACCUGGACACGGAUUCGUGUGCUGGCACGGACACCGAGGUCAACUACGUGGAACACGUCCAGGCCGUCAUCACACUGAACGCCACGCGACGUGGUGACGUCAAGCUCUUUAUGGUCUCCCCGUCGGGAACUCGGUCCAUGAUCCUGAGUCGUCGACCAAACGAUGACGAUAGCCAUGAUGGUUUCACCAAGUGGCCCUUCAUGACCACGCACACCUGGGGCGAGAACCCGCGUGGUCGCUGGACACUCGAGGCUCACAUGGACCGAGAAACCGGAGGCAAGGACUCCUCGGACGAGGGUGAAGCCCGGGGCUUCCUUAAGGAGUGGACGCUCAUGAUACACGGCACCCGGGACCCGCCCUACGUUGACCUGCCCGCUCACGACCACAACUCCAAGCUGGCCAUCGUCAAGAAAGCCCACGAAUCAACACGUCGGGGCGCUGCGGCCCUCAAGGCUAGGACCAGGCCCUGAGAGGAACUCCCGCAGUCCCCCGCGCACGCCAACCUCCACCCCGGACGACGACGAUGCCUAACGGGAUUGAAACAACACAGCAAGACGACGAGGAUGAAGAGACCAUAACACUACGCGCCAAGAAUUCGGAAGCAAAAAAAAUGUAUGAAAGUGUCGCUGAGACCGGCUGUGAACCUCAAAAGUCUACAGAGCUCUAGUUUUGUUGGCGCACUCAGUGGACGCUGCAGAGGCCGUUCGUUCCGCUAUAAAAGCCACUUGAAUGAGCGUGAGUUGUAGAAAGGAAUAUAAGAAAAAAUGAUAUAGUGAACUAGGACUGCGGCAUAAAUCCAAACGACCUGUCUAUGAUAAUAUAGAAUAUAAUGCUCUUCAUUUGACAUCUGUCCAAAACAGUUACAUGGCGCCGAGAUCAGGCAAAAGGAAAUAGACGUAACUGUUUCCUGGCUAAGCCUACAUCCCGGCACGUGAACAAAAAACAAUAGUCGGAAAAUCCUCAGCUAUGUAUCAGUAAAACUUCAGUACACUUGUCCUGUUCGAUCACGUUUUUGAGCAAAGCUCAUAUAAAAAAUCACUUGGAAAUCUAGACAGUUUUUUUUUAACCUAAUUCCCGAAAAUUUCACAGAUGUUCAAAGAUGGUGAUGAAUCACUAAAAUGCUAAUUUAUAAUGACGUUGUUUGAAUAGGUUUAUCCUUAUGUUUCGACGCUCACUCAGUUACGCAACGCUGUGUAUUCAAUCCCUGAUAACGGGCAUGCGGCAUCUCGAGAGUCUGCGUCAAACAAGCUCACGGCUUGUACGCUGUAGAAGACCAGUCAUUCGCGCCAAUUGGUGUAGACUCGUUGCGGUGUCUGAUGGGCAAAGCAGAGCGUGAAACGAGCAGGUAGCGAGAGCGACAGCAAUGCCCACCACCUCCACUUCGCAAACAGUGAGGUUCCGGAAUAGAAUAUGAGAUGCUGUUAACCAGCAAGCCUCCUGGGAGCUACAUGUUUGGGCAAACUAGCUUGUCUUCUUCAGAGUCCUGAAGAAUAUAUGCCACCUUGUCAUAGCUUAGGUUUUAGGGAAACUUUUUUGACAACUUCUUAUCUAUUCCUUGUUAUGGUGUUCAUGGCUCUCGUACACCUUCACUAUUGAAUGCUUAAAGUUCAAGCUUCGCAUCGUCGUGGGUCAUUCAAAGUACACGGUGAUGUUUCAAACAGGGCUGUCGAGUGAAUCAGGACAGAUUAGGUGGGUCGUUCCCAGUGGUUCAUGCACAGAAACGUAUCGAGAUGGACACAUGACAAUGGCAGCUAUAAGGAUUUUAACGCACUUCUUUUGGCUGUCUCCUGACUUAUUAUCGAACAUUUUUGUGUGUACUUGUGUAUAGACUUCGCAAAAACGAUCGCUUUUGAAGAUCAAAACAACUAGAUAGAAAAACUCGUCAGUGAUUUCGGAACUCUUUAUUUUCUCUUCUCCGAACACGUCACGGUGCUCUAGAAGUUGUCGUCCCCGACUGCUGUCACGAAAGCCACGGUAUCGAAUACCAACCGCCACACUUCGGUGGAGGUAAGCCGCUAGGGGCCUCUGGCUUUAUAUUUAGAUGCACGCUAAAUAAUCCCAGGAGGCCGAUACUUCCAGAGCCCUCUACAACGGCGUCUCUCAUGGUCAUAUCGUAGUUCUGGGACGUAAAAGCCCGACACUUAUUGUUACUCUCGUCCAAGUGACGAGGAACCGUUAUUUCCAUCAUUCCUGGUACACGCGCAGCUAUGGCCAGAUGACAAAAACAGCUAUACAUUGCACAUAACUUAUCCAGUUUCGAUGCAUAGAGAUCGUUUUGAAAUGGCAGAUCACCACAGAGGGCAUUGUUUCGUGUCGGUGAGCUGUGGUGAUUCACCUUGAAUCAAUGGCCGUUCUGCUAUAAAGCCAACAAAACUGAGCUCUGUAGUCAGACAUCCGACGGACCUUUUGCUGCAAGCGGAUGUCCACAGAACUUGUGGAGUGAAAUCGCACCUUGUGCUGGUCGAGCAUCAAGCACUGCAAGUUCCCGAUGCUGUACCAAUUACUCCCAUUAUCAUUCAGUUGCACUGACAGUUAAGUGAGUUGGCGUUGGUUCUUAGUUAAGAACGGUGCAAAAACACGAAACACAAAAGCGAUAAAAACGGAAAAAUGGGUGCCGUUUUCAGUUUUUGUGUCUCAUGUUUUUGCGCCGUUCUCACCUAUGACUCCCUUAUCACUCCAAAAACUCAGUGGUCCUGCCUGAAGAAACUGACCAAGGAGGCGAGGAAGUAUUCAUGAGAAGCAGGGCUUGAAAAUUUCUGUUUCACUUCUUAGACAAUACUAUCAUCGUAAGCAUCCCAAUGAAAGCGGUAAAACAGAAAGUAAGACAACACAGCCUGCUUACGAUGAUAAUAAGGCUGAAAUACCAACCUGUCAAACAUUCAGCUCUCUUAAAAUUUACUUCUUGUAUUGGAUUGGAUAACGGUGACAUCUAAAGACAUUAGUUCAAAUUCAAGGACUGCGACCUGGAGUCGCGAUGCUCUUCGUAUGUACGGUAUUUCAUGAGUUCUCCAUUCAUGUCAAUUGCUGUAUCAGUAGAUCAUUUUCCGAUUUAAGCGUAGGAACUGCUGCGCAACUAGCCUGAUUUGUGUUGGGACUCUUUGGGUCAUAAAGCCUCCUGAUGACCCUCUAAUAGAAAAGCGGGAAACUUGAUAGGCAGCACGGCAACCAACUACGAACACAUUAUGCAUAAAACAAGCCUCGUAGGUUUGAUGCCACAUGCUGAAUCCAAGCCAAAUCAAGAGCUCUAACCACUUCUAUGUCGAAACCCCAACUAAAAAAAAAGACUUGUUCUGAUAUAUGUGACUUGCAUGCGUAAGAAGGUGUUAGAAAGAUAUAAUACGAGCGGAUAUCGCUUUGCUGCAACACUAGUAAAUCAGAGAAACUUCACAUUCGCAACAAGGUUCGACGACACACGAUUUUAGCUUGCCAUUGUAUGCACCUACUCAGACAUUUUUCGGUACCUUUUAUAAAGAUGAUGUAUUUAAAUGCUUCUUAUGGCUGCAAUACGACAAAACAUGAAGUAUUAGAAGAAGAAAACGGUCAAAGUUCUUGUCUUGUUUGAUGGGAGUGCAGUGGAACUUGCAAUGAUGUAUGCUUGACGAGAUGUGAAUGGCACGCUGAGUUCUCGUGACCAAUAUUUGAAUGACGCCAUAUUUCACAUGUUCUCCCGAACCCGCUGCUUCCUUGAAUCAAUGUGCUCCGUAAUUGAUUUAUCUCGCAAAGCUUCGCUACGUUCGCGUCUUAAGCUAUGAUUCAAAGGAAUCUAUCAGGCUAGGAGCACUUUUGGUCCGUAAAGAGAAAAACACGUACCACGUUUGGAAACGUGGCAAAAAAAAUAACGUCAAAUCGUCGUUAUUCACGCUGGCUCUUGCUUGCCUCGCUAAUGUCACAAAGAACGAAACGAUAUUGAAUGUACAGUCUUUGCAGAAAGUGUUGGUGUCAUGAUACUCUUGUCCGAAAUAGUUUGCCACGAUGUUUUUAAAUGACUUCUCGUGAGAUAAUAUGCGGACGUACGCUGCACAUGGCAGCGUUCACCAUUAAAUCUCUACAAUUCAUUUCCAAUUGUCACUUUUGUCGAGGUAACGUUGAAUUUGGGAGGCAUAGGAUCAAGUUAAGGGGGACGGCCACACCAUUUCCUGGAGUAGGAACCCUGGGAAAGCUGUUUUACUAUUAUUCGUUCGGUACAGAAGAAGCAGUAAUCAAAGCAAAAUUUACACCGAUGACUUGUGGAUAACAUGAGUGUUGUACUUAUUGAAUUUUGCUUCAGACAAUGUGCAUCUGGCUGCGAUAAAAAUAACUAAAACAUCAAACCAACUAAGCUGCGAUUUUAGAAUAAAGCUCCGUAUGUAAACUUUGACGGAUAGAAUUCGAAUCUUCAUAAAGGUUACCUUCAUAAAUACUCACGCCCCAGCUAUCCCAUAAAACUUCAUCUUCUGUGCUGCGACACGUGCAACAGAAUUCUCUGUAAUGUUUUGACUGGACUAUAUAAGUUCACCUAACCCUACAGUGCUGGCCCGUGAACAUAUGAUCAUGUUCACGCUGCUGAGAUUGUAGACAGGGCUAACGCACUCGCUAUGCCUACUUAGGGACAUGUGACGUGGAACCACAUGAAAUGGUGGUGCUGACUGUCUCAAGAGUUUUGUGGCCUCUGUAAUUUUGGGAAGAACUGUAGCUCUCUUAGGCUGACAGUGCUUUCCAAUCCUGUUCACGACAGUAUUUUUCAGGCCAUCGUUAAUAAGAGCAUACGUAGCUGAACAAAUAUCGAUGUACAAACUCUGCAAAGGAGUACAUCGAAGGAACGCUCUGGAAAGGCAUUAGGGGCUGGCUAUAUUAACUACUUGCAAGUUAUUCAGAGUCACAUCUUUGAUGUUUAUAGAACAGGAUGAGUUGGCGUUGACGUGAAAUGGUGACUACAAAGACUGUACGGCAUUAAGUCAAGCCAGGUUUAUUUUAAGGACAAGCUGCAUAAAGGCUAACCUGACUUGAGGUCCGGGCAAAGACUGAACUUUUCUACAUACACUCAAUAAAGGGGUCAAUCGGGCGUCGAAAGAAAUGUAGUAAACACUUCGAAUUACAUUUGCGCGAAAUCGAAAAGUGUGUGACCACAGGAUACCGAAGUGGGCACGUGUUUUGAUAACACCAGACCGAGAACGCCAGCUGCAAGCCACGAAACGUGAAAUCGGACACAUUUUGCGUUUUUUUUUUAUUCCUCUUAGAGCAAAAGUGGUGUACUGGCAUAAUUACAAAAGCUAGAGAACGUGGGUUUAUUGGAAAGAUUAUUAGGUUUAAAAAAA